AUGGUCCAACUCGCCCACAUCUUCAAGAAAGACAAGGACAAACAUCGGGAGAAAGAGAAACCUGAACCCUCGCAGUCUUUUCCUCCCUUUUCCCCCACCACCUCUUCCUCCACCGCGACCGCGACCGCGACCACGACCACGACCACGACCACGACCACGACCUCAACCCCAACCCGUUCACUCUCGACCGCCGACGACCGCAUCGAGUCUCCCCUCUCCCCGCGACCAUCUUUCUCCAAACCACCCACCAAAUCCAAGUCGCACUCCAAGUCGCCUUCCAAAUCUCCGUCCAAGUCCCCCAGCAAGAAUCGCUUUUCGCACAGCCGCUCAUCCUCGUCGGCCUCCGUCCACACUAGCUCCCCCUUCAAAUUCUCCCGGUCUUCGAAAGACCAGGAUCUCCAUCCGCUGAACCUUCCCCCCGACGAGCUCCGCCGUCGACUCUCCGCCAUGGCCGCCUCCCAAGAUAACCAGCGAAGCUCCAUGGACAUUGAUCCCCAAGAGCCCCAACCACAACAGAAUGGAGCCAACGGGACCGAAGACCGUAGCCCGACACCUCCGCCGCACACAUCGUCUGGGUCCACCGAUGAGGCCGAUUCUUACAAGUUGGCGGGUAACAAGUUCUUCAAGGAUGGCAACUACCGGCGCGCCAUUGAAGAGUACAACAAGGCGAUCGAAAUCAAUCCCAAGUCAUCCGCCUACUUGUCUAACCGCGCUGCUGCCUACAUGUCUGCGAAGGAGUACGUGAGUGCCUUGGCAGACAUCGAGCAAGCUCAUGAGCUUGAUCCCUCCAACACCAAGAUCAUGCACCGCAUGGCCAAGAUCUUGACCAACUUGGGUCGACCCACAGAGGCUUUGAACGUUCUGUCUCAAGUCCCCGACGCGACCGCGACUGAUCGAGCCCCCGCCGAGAAGAUGCAACGAUUUGUGAAGCAGGCCGAAGAGACGCUGGCCGAGGAUCGGGGUGGUUCCAUGGCCAUCUUCUGUCUGGACCAGGCCCGUCAAGGUCUCGGCCAAGGUGUGAAGGAGCCACGCAAGUGGACCCUGCUGAGUGCUGAGGCGCAGCUCAAGAUGAACAACAGCAACUCCUUGGGCAAGGCGCAAGAUCUUGCCAUCAAUCUGCUGCGUGAAAACAGCCAAGAUCCCGACGCGCUGAUGAUCCGUGCCCGCGCCUUCUACGCCUCUGGUGAGACUGACCAAGCAUUGAAGCUCCUGAAGAUGUGUCUCGGGCUGGACCCAGACAUGAAGCAGGCUAUCAAACUCCUCCGCAUUGUGCAGAAGCUCAGCCGCACCAAAGAAGAAGGCAACAAUGCCUUCAAGGCCAAGGACUACCGCCGUGCUAUUGAUCUUUGGGGUCAAGCUCUUGAGGUCGAUCCUACCAACAAGGAUAUGAACGCCAAGAUUUUGCAAAACCGAGCUCAAGCCUACAUCAACCUCAAGGAGUACGACUCGGCUAUCGAGGACUGCACUGAGGCCCUGCGUCUCGACCCCGGCUAUGUCAAAGCUAUGAAGAUGCGUGCCAAGGCCUAUGGCGGUGCUGAACGAUGGGAGGAUGCCGUUCGCGAAUACAAGAGCGUUGCGGAGAGCAACCCGGGAGAGAAGGGUAUCCAAGAAGAGAUCCGCCGGGCUGAGUUUGAGCUUAAGAAGAGCCAACGCAAGGACUACUACAAGAUCCUGGGUGUCGGCAAGGAUGCAUCAGACAAUGAGAUCAAGAAGGCUUAUCGCAAGAUGGCCAUCCAAUAUCACCCCGACAAGAACCCGGAUAAGGAGCACGGCGAUGAGAAGUUCAAGGAGAUCGGCGAGGCUUACGAAACUUUGAGCGAUCCUCAGAAGCGUGCUGCGUACGAUAACGGCGACGAUCUCAUCGACCCAGCUGACAUGUUCGGCGGUGGUGGCUUCGGCGGCAUGGGUGGCAUGGGUGGUAUGGGCGGCAUGGGUGGAAUGGGCGGAAUGAACGGCAGCCACAUCAACAUCGACCCGAACAUUCUGUUCAACAUGAUGAAUGGCGGCGGUGGUGGCUUCUCCUCUGCUGGCGGCAACCCAUUCGGAGGCCAAGCUCGCGGGGGUGCGGGUGGAUUCCCUGGCGGGUUCCCGUUCUAG